AUUUCUCUACGUGACUAAUGAAUUACAACUCUCUAUUAACUUUUUCAUAUAAAUAUGUUUAGAACUAGCGGUUUCAUAGUUGUCAUCUAUGUACAUUUCUUAAAUUGUUGAUUUUUUGUUGUUGUAACCUUGAAGGACUUGUCCAACAGUUUACAUUAUUAUUUCUAAUAGAAUGCCGUCAAUACCUCCACUGUUAUCAUCAAUAUUAUCAUUAUUAUUAUUGUUAUUCAGUGUCGUUAACUCUCAGACAAAUUUUACAGCCUAUAUUAAUGUCGAAUUAUCACAUGGUGGUAUAAUUCGUGGUGUUGAAGAGACUGUUAAUAAUGAUGGAGUGCCUAUUCGCGUGAAUCGUUUCUUAGGCAUACCAUACGCACUACCGCCAAUUGGCAAAUUAAGAUUUGCUCCACCCAUAGAACAUCCCGGCUGGAAUGGUAUACGUGAUGCUAUUCAACCAUCAGCCACCUGUUGGCAGUAUAUAUUCACUGGAUUCGAUGCAAUUAAUCCGGCGGGUAGAAUGUGGAUUAAUAAUACAGAAAUGAAUGAGGAUUGUUUAUACCUGAAUGUAUGGCAACCGACAAACAGUGUCAAGUCUAGACAACCACUUCCUGUUAUGGUAUGGAUAUAUGGUGGAGGAUUUACAUCAGGCAGUGCUAAUCUCCAGGUAUACAAUGGUGCAAUACUUGCAGCUACACAAAAUGUUAUCAUUGUCUCAAUGCAAUAUCGUGUCGGGGCAUUUGGAUUCCUACGCUUAGAUCCUUCGUUAGACAGCGAUAAUAACAAUAAUAAUAAUAAUAACACUACCAACAGUACAUCAAGUCUGUCAGAUAAAGAGAUUGCCUUAGGUAAUCAAGGUAUAUUAGAUCAAUAUAUGGCAUUAUUAUGGGUUAAAAAUAACAUUGAACGUUUCAAUGGAGAUCCUAAUCAAGUGACAGUAUUCGGUGAAUCAGCUGGUGCUGUCAGUAUAUCAAUUCUCUGGUUAUCACCAUUAGUUCAACCAUAUUUUAAAAGAGCUAUUCUACAAUCUGGUAGUUUAUAUGCUAGAUGGGGAUUAGAUGAACCGUAUGAAGCGCAUGAGAAGGCAGUUGAGUUCGCCCUAGCUUGUAAAUGUAAAUCGCCAUCAUUAGAUCGCAGGGCAAGUUUAGCCUGUCUUCAAGAACUUGAUCCGCUUACAUUAGUCAACCAAUUGGAUAGUAUUCAUGAAGCAAUCGGUAAACGUCGUUAUAAUAUUCUUCAUAAAUGUUUACAUCCAAAUACCUUUACAAGUGAAUCAGUUCUCCUUGGCCAAUCAGGCAGUAGCCGAUUAUACUUCGAUGUCCCCUUUCAACCAGUUAUCGAUGGUUAUGUAAUACCAAAACAUCCUGAUCUUAUAUUCAAUACAAAAAAUACUAGUCAGUUCAAAAAUCAACCAGAAUUAUUAAUCGGUAUUAAUGAGAAUGAAGCAAUGUAUUUUCUACUCCCUGGUAUCUCAAUAAAAAAUGCUCAAUUUAUAUACGACAACGGUUCUAUUUUAAUGCCAUCAGCGAUUGAAUUAGCCGGCAAACGGAAGCCAUUCAGACCGAAAGGUGAGAUAGCUGAUUUCUAUUGGAUAACAACAACACAAAUCCUAGAAGAAGCACAAAUGCGACCUGGUCUAGCUAAAUUACCAGCUUAUUAUUAUAAUUUACCACUUCAAUCGACACCAGAGAAUGGUUACGCUGAUCCAGAUACAAUGAUGAUGACUGGUGAAGAAUUACUUCGACGCUUAGAUGAAUUAGCCGGUGAUCUGGACUUUGUUUGUCCUACACUAAAUUUUGCUGAUCAAGUAGCACGAAUACCAGGGGCUAAAGUAUACUUGUAUCAUUUUAAGAAGAGAACACAAUCGUUACCUGUACCAAAGUGGACUGGAGUUAUGCAUGGCUAUGAAAUUGAAUAUAUAUUUGGUAUGCCAAAAGAUCCAGUUUUCUCUUCAGAAUUUUAUGGUUUCACUGAAGAUGAAGGAAUGCUCAGUUCUCGUCUCAUGAAAUUAUGGACAAAUUUUGCUAAAACUGGAAAUCCAUCUCGAAGUGAAACUGGUGAAGUAAUUAAUCCACAAUGGCCAUUAUACCGUCGAAGUGAUGACCUCUUAACAGAUGAUUAUGAUCACUUAGUGAUUACGGAUCAAUUAACACCUGGUAAAGGAUUACGACGUGAUCGAUGUAAAUUUUGGUUACAUGAAAUGAAAGAUUUAUCAAAAAUAUUACAAACUACUUGUAAACUCUCAUCAAAAGGGAUACGAAUCACUGGAAACUAUAAUUCUCUAGUCAGUGGAUUAUGGCUUAUUCUACUCUCAUUUGCACAUAUUUCAUUUUAUAUGUUAUCGUGAAGAUGAUAAAAUUUAAUGAACAAUGUUGUGGAUUGAAAGAAUUUCAUCAUUAUUCAAAAGUCAACUGAUAUUAUUCAAUGUUCAAUGAUGAAAUUGAACUCAUUCAAGAAAAAAACGUGUGGCGGCAACUUUAAUAUCUAUCUGUUUGAUAAAAUAGACAUAAUAAAAUGUGAAUAAUAUACCUCUACUAACUGAUGAGUUUUGAAUGCUGUAUCAAGCGAUCAUCGGAGUUAGAGUUUUAUUACUAUUAUUAAUAUUAUUAUUAUUACUAUUGUGUUUUUUUAAAAACUAUUAUUAACUCUACUACUUUUACGAAUAGAACUGUCCAUUCCAGAUGUAUUAUGUUCUUAUUUAUUAACAAAUGUAUAUUCACUCGUGAUUACAAUUCAUCGAUUCAUUCAGUCCCAUUUCUACUGGAAAAUGUGCAUAUGAGAAAGUUGUUAGCUAUACUUAUACAUAUAUAUUAUAUAUAUAUAUGUACAUCGUUCAAGUAUCUACAAUAUAGAUGAAUGGUUCAUAUUAAUUGAGGCUACUCAACCAUCAAGAUUUCAGCUAAUUUAUAUGACCUCAGAGAUUUACUAUGGUUCAUAAGAGGUUAAACUUAAUUAAUUUCUGUAUUUCUUCUCCUCUCUACUCUUCUCUUCUCAGAAAAUGAGUUUGUGAAAUAUAUUUCACAUGUAGCUUUUUUUAAAAGAAAGAACAGUUUCUCUGUGUGUGUGUGUCGUAUUCCCUAUACUUAUAUUUUAUUUACCUCCUUUUACGGUCUGUUUCGUUUUCUUUUUUGUGUGGUGAACUUACAAUACUACUAACAACAAUACUCAUACUACUGAUAA